AUAAGGAUGAGUGAUUAAGAAUAUGGAGAAGAUUACGAAAAUGAGGAGUAAAAUCAAUAAAUUAUUCAAAAGAUAGCAAAAUGAAUAGGAAAAUGAGGAGUAGAAUGAAAAUUUGGAUAAAUCUAAUAAUAAAUAAUCAUAACUUAAUAAUGAAGAGGAGGAGAAUAAUGAGUAGUAAUAAAAUAUAUUAAAUUAUUAAGGGAGAAUAAUAAUGAUGGAGAUGAUGAAAAUUAAGAUAAUAAUGAAUAGGAUUAAUAAGAAGAUUAAGAGAGAGAAGAAGAAAAUGAGGGAUAGAAAGAAGAAAAUUAAUAAGUUGAUAAUAUAGAGAAAUCUUAAUAAAAUUAGGAAGAACAAGAUUAGGAGGUUGAAGAAAGUCAAUAUGAAUAAUCAAUGGUAAAAUGAUAAAUAAUUAAUUAAGUAAACUGAAAAGAAUGUAAAUUUAGAGAGUAUAGAUGCAGUAUCUGUAAAGAUAGCAAAAGAAGAAAAAGGAGUAUAAAAAAAAGGAGUUAAAAAGACAGGAAAGAUAUCAAAUUAAUAAGAGAUGGUUAAUUAACUAAUGAAAAAACACAAGGAAAAACAAUAGAAAAUGCAAAAAAGAGAAGAUGAAAUAUAUAUUUAGGAGAAAAUAGAAAAGUAAUAACCAAAACCUUAAAUAAAACAGAAAGUAGUUACUAAAUAGAAAUUGACAUUUGAUAAAUAAACAAAAGCUAAACUAGAAGAUCCAUAAUUAAAUAAUCAAUAGAAAGCAGCGAUUUUAACUAAAGAUUUAGGGAAAAAGUUAAGUGUUUAAGUAGUAGUUAAGGAUAAUCCAAAAUGUAUAAUAUAAAUAUUUGAUUUAAAUAGAAAUUGAAAUAAAGAAACCAGGAAAAGGAAGUGAAGCAAAGCCUAAGAAGAAUUUGUUUGAUGUUAGAAUAGGGGCAGGAAUUAAAUCUAAAUUAGAUAUUGAUGCAGAUGAUAAAUCUUAAAGAGAUAAAGAAAAAGAACGUACUGCUUUUGUAGAAUAGAAAAAAAGAGAAAAAGAAUAAGCAAUAAAAUUUUAAUAAGAAUAAGAUGAAUUAUUAAAAAUAAAGUAGAAUAAUAUCAGAAAAGCAUAAGAGAAGGCCUUAGAAAAAGAUAAUAAAGUACUUCAAGUAAAUACUGAAAAGUAAUAAGAAAUAAAAUAAGUUUAUGAAGCAAAAAGAAAGGAAUUAAUUAAAGAGAAAGAAGAAGAUAAUAAGGAUUAGAUGAAAAAAGAUUUAGAUAUUUUAAGAGCUCUUAGAAAGGAAUAUUAAUUAUUAAAUGACGAAGUGAAGAAUUAAGAAAUGAGAAUAAAAGAAUUAGACAAACAGAUAGAAUUAGAGAGUAGAAAAGAAAAUGUAAUUUAAAUCAAUGGAGAGUAUUAAAGUUUAAGAAAGAUAAGACUUAAAUAAGGAUUGGAUGAUUUAAAAACUGAAUUAAUAAGUGAAGCAUAAUCUUAAGUAUUAGGAGUAGAUAAUAUUUCUGAACCUGAUAUAGCAUUAAAAGUAGCAAAUUAAAUUGCGAAAAAUGAUUUAAAAUUAAAUGAUGCUUAUGCUUUAUUAGAUGAAGAUAAAGAUGGAGUAUUAACUAUUAAAGAAAUAUAAAAUAAUAUUUGUAGACUUAAGUAUUUAUAUCCUUAUUUAUUUAGUUUAAAUAUUAAAUAAUCAGAAAUAUAAUAAUUGAUUCAAAUGUUGGAUUAAAAUAGUGAUGGUGUUCUUACAGAAUAAGAAUUUAUUACAUUUCUUACUCCAGGACUAGAGAAUCAAAAAUAAUAUAUUAAAAUUAUGGGAGAUAUUAAAGAUAUUUUAAAUCCAAUCAUACUGGAAGAAAGAAGAUUACAUUUAAAAUAUUUAUAGAAAUAUAUUUAAAAAGAGAUUGAAGAUGAAAAUAAAAAGGAAAGAGAAUCUAAGCCAAAGUAUGAUAAAUUAAUCAAAAAACUUAAAAAAAUAGAAAAACUAAUUGAAUCUUUAAAAGGAACAACAUCUGAUAAAGGGAAAGUUAAAUAAUAAUGUGAUUAAUUAAGACAAGAAUUAAGAUUAAUUCAAGAUAAAAGAAAUAAAGUUGUUGCUGAAUUAGAUGAUAAAAAAUAGAUGAUUAAAGAAAAUAUAGAUUAAUUAAUGAAAGAUCUUGGGGAUCGAUGUUAAGAAGUAUUAUUGAUUAAAGAAAAAUUUAAUUAAGUGCAAACAUAAAAUCAAAGAUUAUAAUUGAAAUUGCUAUCUAUGGAAUAAAUGAAAAAUAAAUAUAAAAAAGAAUUGAAAAUUAAAAAUGAAAUUGAAAUACAAGGAGGAUAAAAAUAGAAUAUUCUCUAAUAAUUAAUACUAAAUAAGGAGAAGAUAGAAUAAUAGUAAGAUGAAAAAGAAUUACAGAAAAUGCAUUAUGUGAUAAUUGUAUAAAAAUGUACAAGAGGAUUUUUAAUGAAAAAAAGAUUAACCAGAAAAUUAACUGGUUUAAAAGGUUGUGCAAAAGCUUUACUAACAUUUUUUGAAAAAAAAUAAAGAAAUUAUAAAAAAUAAUGUCUUAAUUUGUUAGAAGAUUUUGUAAAAUAAUAAAAGAAAUAUGAAUUAGAAAGAAAAGAGUAGGAACUUUUAAAACAAUAAGAAUUAUAAAAGAAAAAGUUAAAAGAUAAAAAAGCAAAUAAAGUAGAAAGAUUUAUAUCUUAACAAUUUAUGAGUAUGAAAAGUGAAGAGAAAUUAAAUAAUUAAGAAUAAAUGCUUUAAAUUAUACCAAAAAUUAUUUUAAUAUAAAAGAUUUUUAGAAGAAAUAAAAGAGGAAUUCCUAUUACAAAUUAAGCCAUAAAUGUUAGUUUCGGAUUAGGUUACAGUGAGAACUGCUAAAUUUGCAAAACAGAUUUAGCAGAAUUGAUUUGCAAACAAUGUGAAAAACCAAUCUAAUGUGACAGUUGCUUUAAAUUAAGUCAUAAAAAUUACAAAAGAAGAAACCAUGAAUUUUACUUGCUUAUAAAAAGUAAAUUCAGAGAUGCCAGUGGUAUGUAUAUAUAAAAUAUUAUAGAAAAAAUAGAAAAUAGAAACCUUGAAUAUUAGAAUGUAAGUGAUGAAGUAUUAUCAAACAAAUGA